AUGGACAACCAGGCGGCCCUGGCAGCCAUGUUUCAGCUGCAAUCAACAAAGACGGGUCAAUACCUGGUGAUGAGAAUACUUGAGCAGGUGACAAAGCUAAAUUCAAUUAGAAGAAACCAAAGUCCUGUCAUCAACCUGAAUUGGAUCCCAGGCCAUACUGAAAUUUACGGAAAGGAAUUAGCGGACAGAACUGCAAAUGAGGAAAGGACAACCACAGCUCAUACCACAACUAUUGACUUUGCACUGAGGACUUCAUUCUCAGCUAUGAGACGCAGCAUGCGCAAGCGCUACGCAGCCCCGCUCAGGGUGGAAGCCUCACGUAUGACUGAUCUCAUGUCUCACACCUCAAAAACGGCGGCAGGCAAGCUGACGUCUGCAAAGACAGCCAAGAUACUCAGUGGCUUGCCACGAGCAACAAGUUGCCUAGCCACCCAGCUCCGCACAGGGCACCUCCUCAUAACUAAGUCAUAUCGCCAUCGAUUCAAAAUAAUAGACUCACCGAGAUGCAGUACAUGCGGCGUAGACGACACCAUUUCCCACAGAAUCUUCGUCUGA